CGUGGGCUUUGUGCGUCCGAGAGACAUAUGUGUGUGUACCGGGACGUCGGGAAGGGUAGCGCUGCUGGGAAAUGGCAGUAUGGGGGUGAUGGGGACGACGACGAGAGGGAGGAAUCGUGAGCAAAGCGUCGUCGUGGUCGUCGACGGAGGUGGGCUUCCUCGCUUGCUCGGGGGACUUGGCGCCCUCCGCCCCUUGCUCUGCGCUUUGUCGAUCCCGGCAACUCGUUCGUGGGGGUAUAUUUGAGCUUAUCCCUUCAACCUCCGUGCGCGCCAGUCUUGCCUCCCCCUCUACCCUGCCUUUUUAAUUCAGAUAUAUCCGCUUUCUUCGCCUACCCUGCUAAUUUCCUCGUCCCCUCUCCCCCCCCCCCCCUCCGCACUUCACUUCUUAUGUCAGUUUGUGCCCGAAUGCACCUCCCAAGUGAGCUUUGCGUUUCUUUUCACGCGGAGACUUCGACUCAUGGGCUCAGUUGCCCACUAGAAUUUUAGGAUUCUGAGCUGUGAUAGUUUAUGUGUUGUGUCUCUCUCUCUACCCGUUGGGCGAUAGGGAAGGAUACUUUGCUGAGCCUCUGAUCCGGCCGAGCUGGGGGUGGUGUUUUCGUGAGUUGUAGACUCAAGAGUGGAAGUCCUACUUUGCCAUCUCCGAUUUGUUGGUGAUUGCUAGGCAAUUUUGGUCUUACUUGCCCAACGCUGCACUUAGAAAAUUGUAACAUAGUGAUUUCUUUCGCGAUCACAACAGUUCAAGUUUUGCUUCCGAGUAGUCCUUGUGAUUUUUGUCACAGAAGGUCUGGCGUGGACUUCAGGUUUUCCUCCAUUGAAAUUGGACAUCGAGUUGUAGUGGUGCGAGCAUUUAGUGCCCACUUCUCCUUUUAAGAGUAAUUUCACAGUCUCUGAAAGAGUGAUUAAGAUAGUUGCGCGAAACCUUUCUAGGAUCGAUCAUUUUCUCUGCUGACAAGCUAUCUUAGCUGGUGAAGGAUGUCGACGCUUAAGGAGGCUCCAACACCAAAGAUCUCUCCCUAUUUACAAUUCUUGUAUGGGCUCUUCAACUUCAUUAUUCUCGGACUAAUGAUAGUCAGCUUCGUGAGCGUGGGAAAUUAUGCGAAGUCGUCUGAAGUUCAAGCCACUAACGCCACCAAAUCCCCAGUGUUUCUUCACCCAAAACCCCUAAAGACAAUUACGCGGGAUGUGGAUUCUCUGGAUCCUGUUUAUUCUUCUGUUGGGGAUAGAAUCUCGAAUAAAUUUUCCAGCUGCUCAAUGGAUUCGUGUUUCGACUACUCACGUUGCGACAACGCGGAGGAGCUCCUAAUCUACCUAUAUGAUACACUGGAUUCUCAGACGUGGUACUUCAAGGAUGCGUUGGAAAGAAGUCCUUACUACACCGCAGAUCCAGAAAAAGCUUGCUUGUAUUUCGUCACCGUUGACAGGAGAGCCGAAAAAAUUCCCUCCUUGCCUACUCUGCCGUACUGGAACCACGGCCUUAACCAUGUUAUUGUAUCCAUCUCAGAUUUCUGGGUUCAGAGAAAAGCAACUCCCGUCGAAACGAUUGAAAUGGCGUCUACAAUGACAUCCAUAGCGCAUCACGCGUCCUACCGUGCAGGUUUCGACAUUAGCGUUGCCCUUCCCCAGAAGAGGUCUUACUCAGAUGUGCAAGGACUCAAGGCAUUUGAAAGGAAGUAUUUCUUGACAUUCACGGGGAUGCAGUUUCUGGGAAGUUCAGGAUCUCGUAUCAACCCGGUUUUGAGGUCGAUGCACAAUGGAGAGGACGUUAUUAUCGCCAUAACUUGCAAGCAGGACCCGAAUUCUGAAGCUUUGCUGAGCCGCCCUGAACUUCGAGCCGAGUGUGUACAGGACCAGUCCGUGUACGAACAGUACACCACUAGAGAGCUGAUGGAUUCCACAUUCGGUCUUGUUCAAGCUGGUAGAGGAUCGAGCUCGUCUCGGCUGCUGGAAGUUUUGUCUGCCGGUUCAAUCCCAGUUGUUAUUUCUGAUAACUUCGUACUUCCUUUUGAAUCUCUCCUUGAUUGGAGGAGGUGUUUGUUGGUAUUCCCCUCCUCUCAGAUGCAGAGAAUUGUGAGGACGCUCCGAAGUCUCAGCAAGGGAGAGAUUGAAUUUAGACGGGAGCACUGUCUCUACAUCUACCGUGACUUUCUUGCGGACGACGCUAAGAUUGUUGAUACUACAGUCAUGGCAUUGAAAGCCAGGUUUUUUGGCGUUCUCCCGAAGCUCAACCCUAAAGUUCCUCUUCGUCCACGACACAUGACCACGGAGCAUGAUUUUGUGGAUUCUCUCUAAGCCGCUGAAGAUCUCUGGAGGUUCUGCAACUCUGAAGCAGAGCUUCAUGACCUUGUGUACAUUAAAUCUCCGCCAAAUUCACGGUGGACUCUAUACCCGAAGGUUCGAAUCGAAAUUGAAAUUAUCUGAUCAUUCUUAUUCAGAACAGUAGCUAGAAUCAUCUCAGACGCGAUGCCGCAAGUUUUUCUUCGGCCCAGUGAAAUGUAAUAUACAGUCGAGGAUAUUAUUCUAUUGUGAAGAACAGGUUUGAGCGGUCUGCUGACAGGACCACCAUCUGUUCAAGUUGAACUCAUCAAAUAAAUGUUAUCUCUUUGAUUGGAGACACGCGAUUUUUUCUGUGGUGA